AGCACUUAACUCCAAUUUACAGAAGAUUCAGAUUGGUUUUGUGUUUUCCAAAGUCACACGGAAUGGCAACUUACUGAUUCCUUGAUCCAAAAAAAUGUUGCAAUCACAAUUUACCGUUGCUCUCAUCUAUCCUUUAACUUUUCUCAAAUUGUCCGUUGCAGCAGAUACACUUUCUGCAAACCAAACCAUUCGCGACGGGCAAGUUUUAGUUUCUGAGGGAGAAAUAUUCGAGCUGGGAUUCUUCUCCCCUGGUAAUUCCAAUAGCAGGUUCUUAGGAAUAUGGUACAAAACUACUCCGGAUGUUGUUAUUUGGGUUGCAAAUAGAAAUAAUCCCAUUAUAGACUCGCAAGGGAUCUUGUCCAUAGCCAGAAAUGGAACUUUACUUCUUAAGAGAGGCAAAACCAUUAUCUGGUCGUCAAAUAUAUCAAGUGUUGCAUCAAUUCCAGUUGUACGCCUCUUAAACACUGGAAACCUUGUAAUUAUGAACUCAACUUCUCAACAAAACUAUAUAUGGCAGAGUUUUGAUUACCCGUGUGAUACCAGGUUACGGGGAAUGGUACUUGUAGACUACCUUGGACAAGGUCAAGAUAAAUAUUUGACGUCUUGGAGAAGUUCUCAUGAUCCGUCCAUUGGAGAUUUUUCCGACAGGAUUGAAUAUAAUGGUGGCCUAGUUGAAAUGGUUGUCUACCACGGGAAGAUAAAAAGAAGCCGCCGCAGCCCAUGGAGUGGGCAUUACACCAGUAAUCUCCCUUUCGUUCUCACUACACCUUUUAAACCAGUUUUGGUAUUCAAUAAAGACAGGAUUUCACUCUAUGAUAACAGCUCAUUAAUCACGAGAUUAACUUUAGACAAAUCAGGCUUUAUCCAUCGCUAUACUAUUAAUGAGAGCAAAAAUGGGCGGAAUCUUGUUCACACUUUUCCACGCGAUUCUUGUGACAAUUAUGCUCGGUGUGGUCCUAAUGGUAUCUGCAGAAUUAGUCAGGUACCAAUAUGUGAGUGUCUGAAAGGAUUCGCCCCAAGAUUUCAGAAGGAUUGGGACGUGCAAGAUUGGUCCGGUGGAUGUGUUAGAAUUACGCCAAUAAAUUGCCAGAAUGGAGACGGGUUUCUUGGGGUGGAAGCUAACUUUCCUGAUAGGUUCCAGUUUCAAUUGAAUACUAGUAUGAGUUUCAAUGAAUGCAAAGCUCAGUGUUCCAAAAGCUGUUCCUGUACAGCUUUUGCUACCCCUUUUAUAGAUGGAAUCAGUAGCUGUUUGAUGUGGUUUGGGGAUUUGAUUGAUAUUAGAGAGCCUCCUGAAGCAGAUAGCACGGCGAACAUCUACAUUCGUUUGCCAGCUUCAGAACUAGGAUUCCUAUUCAAGACAACUGCAGUUCCUUUUCAGGCGGUCGUAGGACGGACGAUCGCCUAUAGGUGCCCAAUCAUUGAUCCGGCCAAUGCACCGAGGUUGACUGGUUCACAUGAGAUCAGGGCAAUUCAUAUUGAUCGAGAUAAGAAUAGAAUGUCCAUAUACAUCAAUAGAAACACUCUCAAGUAUCCAUAUUUAACUUGGAGCUUUUUGCCAGUUGAAAUUGAGAAAACUCAGUUUUAUCUGUGGGUAAGGACGGUCCAAAACAGAACAGAGUUGAGAUCCUUUGCAAUUUUAGUUAUAUUAACUUCUAAAAGCCAGCAUCAUAUUAAGCAACCAAAUUUUAUAAUCAAGAUUCAGAAGGGGAAUACAAGAGAAAAAAAAUCAACUAAUGUUAUUUCUUGUAGUUUAUAUCAGAAAGCAAGAAACUCUAGAUAA